AUGUGAUUAAAAUUGUUCGGUCCUGAUUGUAUCUGUGUUUUGGAGAGGCUUGAGAACUGAGAAGCAUCCACUCGACAAUGGAGACUGCGAUUUGUGGGAGAUUAGCUCUCGCACCAUCCUCUCUCUUCAAUUCUAAAUCAGGGGACAAACAUUUAGUCUCGAAAGGACCAUGUGUGAAUCGUGGUGUUCUCAUGACCUUGUCUACAUACGCUGCAUUAGGUAAAGGAGGUGGUGUCUUGGACAAACCGAUUAUAGAGAAAACCACUCCUGGUCGUGAAUCCGAGUUUGAUUUGAGGAAAUCAAAGAAGAUGGCUCCACCUUACAGGGUGAUACUACACAACGACAACUUCAACAAGAGGGAAUAUGUGGUUCAGGUGUUGAUGAAGGUAAUACCCGGCAUGACUGUAGACAAUGCGGUUAACAUUAUGCAAGAAGCCCACAUCAACGGUUUGGCAGUUGUGAUCGUCUGUGCUCAGGCCGAUGCAGAGCAACACUGUAUGCAGCUGCGGGGUAACGGCCUUCUUAGUUCCGUCGAACCUGAUGGUGGAGGCUGCUGAUACUAAUUAAACUCAGUAUAGAUUU